CUCGUGGUGCCUUCAAAGACCCCUCCUGAGGUCAUGUAAAACAGAAAGGCCAGCCUUCUCGUCGGAAGGCUUUCCUCCUGUCUCAAAUGUGUGCCUCCCGUCUCCUAACAUAGUUUAUAUUUAUGGCCAUUAACUCCACGACAGGCGUGGAGAGGAUGGGCGACCUGAGACAUGAGCAGACAUGAGGCCCUGAAGGCAGCACGAGAAGGGGCGUGUGUGGUUUGUGUGACUAGGGUGACAGCUUUACAGAUCGGUCCACGCACUCUUCGUGUUCAGUCAUCAGUUUGCUGUGUCUGAGGAGGAGGUCUCUGUUUGCUCCAACAUGAGUGAAGAUAGCAGCGCUCUGCUCAGCAGGCUGCAGCAGUUGCAGUGUCACUUCACCUGGGAUCUGGACGUGCUGGAUGUGGACCUGGAAACCCUGAGCACCCGAAUAGAGAUUGACAUAGAGUUUCAUCGUAAAGGAGCAGGUUGCUUCUACAGCCUCUUGGCUUAUUUCAGGUUUCUUCAGGAUCAACGAGAGGAAGCGCUGUCACUUUUAAACCAAUCAGAGGAGACUAUCAGGGAGAGUUACGGUGAUGAGAGUGAGAGAAGGCUCGUUGUGACGUAUGGAGACAUGGCCUGGCUGAAAUACCAUGAUGGAGACUUUGCACAGUCACAAAGCUACUGUCAGAAAGUCGAGGACAUACUGGUGAAGUAUCCCACUGGUUCAUCAGGAGGUCUCCUUCCAGAGGUGUAUGGGGAACAAGGCUGGGCCUAUUUUAAGGUGUCAAGGUCUUCUAUAUCAAAAGCCAUCGAGUGUUUUCGUAAAGCACUUGAGGUACAGACUCAUGACACAGAGUGGAACACCUGCUACGCCAUCACUCUCUUUUGCAGAGAACAGUGGUUUUUAGAAAAUAAACAGGAAGAUGAGGAAUCCCAGGCCACCACACAGCUUCGCUUUGCAUUGGAGAUUAACCCAAAUAACGCUGCUCUGCAGUCUAUGCUGGCCAUGAAGCUGGUGGCCUAUAAGAAAUACGAAGAGGCUGAUGGUUUGGUGAAGAAAGCACUAGAAAAUGAUCCCGACAACCCUCAUGUCAUCCGCCAAUCAGGAAAUUACUUACUUCAUCAGAGUCGACUGGAUGAGGCUAUUGAUGUGUUUAAACGAGGCCUAAGAAGAGGCAAACAAUUAUCUUCCUUCACCUACCAGCUGGCUCUGUGCUACAAGCAGAAGAAAAUUGCUGAACAGUGCCGCAGGCCCUGCAGCAACAGAGAAGAGGUGCGUAAGUGGAGGCGUAUUUGUAUCAGUCACCUUGAAGAUGCUGUGAAGAUGAAGCCAUCCUUUGUCCGGGCGUGGGCUGAACUGGCACUGCUGUAUGCAGAGGAAGGGGAUAUGAGCAGGGCUGAGGAGACUUUCCAACACUGCUUGGAGGAGUUACCAGAGGUGGAGGAGGAAAGGGUUUGUCAGAUUAUCCAUCAGUGCUACGGUGACUUUCAUCAUUACCACACAAAAAAUGAGGCUCAAGCCAUCGCUCACUAUACCAAGGGGCUGCUGAUACCACUGAAAAAAUAUGAGUGGAGACAGUGUGCUAAGAAACUGAAGCAGAUCGCUGACAGACGUCUGGCAAAGAAUCGGGGUGAUGGUGAAGCUCUCGCUCUGCUGGGUCAGGUGGCCAGAGCUGAGGGCGACAGCAAGAAAGCUGCUUUUUUUUAUGAGAAAGCUCUGAACUGUGACAAGGACAAUGAAGAGUACCUGUCUGCUCUGUGCGAGCUGCGCCUGGAGCUGCAGUGAUCAUCCUCUGACUAAUCAUGAUCACUGCAAAAACUGGCUAUAACUAAUUUUUCCAAUCUUAUAUCAAGCCAAAAGUAUUUUUGAUCUUAUAUGUGUUGAUACACUCAGAAAGAGCAAAAUAUAAUUAAUCUUGCGUCUUGUAUGUUAUCUUAUAAAUAAUUAUUUUAUCUCUUAGUUUUUAAAUUUAGUCAUUUAUAGCGCUUGUUAUCGUCACUGAUUUCUAGAAUCAAUUUAAUUCCGAUUAACCAGGUCCUGAUUUGAUUUGAUUUGAUUCAGUUUUGCCUCAGACAGUCAGAAAUAUUAUAUUUCUGAUCAUUUAUCAGUACUGACAUUUGUGAAACUUCAUUAGAGGUGUGAUCAUCACAGCAGAUACUUUCGUGUCAAAGUAACUGAGAAUAUAACACAGAAAAACAUGAAGGAGAGUUUCCAGGCCUGGCUUUUUAUAGCAGAUAACC